UGUCCCGGUCUCCAAGCAACAGGGACGCGGGGGCGGGGCCUCUGAGUAGCCGGGUCAUGCUGCGGAGCGGAGCCGCGCGCCGGGCGGGGUGUCUCUCGCGGCCGGCGGACGAAGAGCUCGCAGCUAAAAUCCUCCAGCGAGCCUGGUGGAGUCGCAUCGACAGGAGGCUGUUCAGGCUGCUCACACACGCCAUCCGGGCCGCGGAACAUUGCAUUACAUAUGAGAUUAUGAGGCGAGUGAGUCCUUUAGAAGCUGAACUUAUAAAAGAUCCUAGUAUGCAGUGUAAAGUCAGAUUCAGAUUUGCUGGUCAUGAGUUUCCACCUUUCAUUGUGUUUAAGAUUUUUCACCAUACUGGAGGCCAAGGCAGCAAGUACAUAAGUGGAAAAAGAACAAUAAGUCCAGCAAGUGAGGCAGCAGUUGAUGCUUGCAAGUUGAUGGGACAUCGAAAAUAUUAUGAUCAAAUGAUAUGGGAUGAACUUCAGUACCAAAACCACAAAAUAAUAGACGAAAUAGACGUUGCUACAGUGAAAGAUUAUAUGCAAUAUAUCAGUAACCUGGAUGAGACCCCAGCAUACUUUGGUGGCAGGGAUAACUGCUGGAGAAAAUUGUCCCUGGAAAACUUUCCCAGGACAAUGAUAAUGUAUGACAUAAUGGAUUAUGCACAGUCUGGGACACUGUCAAACCCACUUAAGGAGAAACUGACAUUUCUGCUCCUGAGGCCACAGAAUGAAGAGCUACGGCAUGAUCAACUCAUGACUGUUUCUCGAGUCAGGUCUCCUACACCUUGUCCUCCAACAGCCACCUCUUCAUCUAGGUCUUAUCAACCCUCUUCACUGCCUAGACCCUCAGUGCGUCGCUCUCGCCAAGCUCGACAGAAAGUAGCAAAAAUGAAAAGAGUUCAUGCACUUGAAAAAGAAAGAGAGGAACAGAAAUUGGAUGUUACAAAUAGAAGCCACUUAACUGAUCAAGAAACUAUGACUGCACCAACUGAAGACCUUGAGGAUCAUUCUGUCUUUUCAGAUGAAGAGUGGGAGCAUGAGGCAGCUAAAUUCAUGGAAAAGAGCAGAGAUGGAGUGAGCCAGAUUGCUUGGAUGCAGAAAGCAUCAGGGCCUGUCUCAAGGGAUUCACAAAAUCUGCACUGUGGAAGGUAGCUGGUGGAGUUCACAGGGAGUGAACAGAGUGAGUUAGAAGUAUGUCUGAUCUAGGCUAUAUUUGUAGCAUAGUUUCUGUGUGUGGCCCAGACUGUCUGCCCUUGAAGGAGAAAGACAGAUGCAAAGGUGUACUAUCACAUCUAUUUAAAUAAAGGAGACAAGUAAUAUGCCCCUGAUAAAGUACAGCGUGAUAUGGAGAGAGGAAGAGAGCUGACAAUUGUAUAUACAAACUUAUCAAAUAUGAGUUUCCUACAAAUGGAACAUUUCUAUUAUUGUUUCUUGAUAUUUGCUCAGCAUUUCUGCAAAUCCCUGACUAAUACGUGUUAUCAAGAUUGUCUUUAUACGGCUUAGCAGUCCGUGAGGAACAUAAACUAACCUUGCAAUGUUGAUCAGACAACACAAUCCUUUAAAUUUCUCUUACAAUCUCACUUCAUUCUAGUUUAUCAAUGCAAAACAGAUCAGUGGGGAUAAAUAGGUGCCCAUAGAUGCACUGGGCAGGGCAGCACCCAUAGCGUAAGGUAGAGAGCUGAAGUGCUCUUUGGGGCUGUUGCUCCCUUUCCUACUUUAUGCAUAACACACAUGGAGUCGGAAGCAGAGUGCUAAUCACAGGAAUUGCUGAUGGACCAGAUUUGGUGGUUUUGGAAUAGCAUGGAGUGUUCCCAAGUAGCAGGUAGGGAAUCAAUACUGGUCAUGAGUGUGAAGUACUGUAUAGAAGAGAGGAAAAGCAGCAUUAAGUUCAGACACUGCACUUUAUUGUACUGGAGACUGGGGCUACAUCUACUGAGCUGCUGCAGUAGGGUAGAUAUACCAAGUAGCUGAAUGAGACUAGCAGACAGAAGAAUGAAAUUAAGAAAUGAGUGGGAUAAGACAAAAGAGGAAAAAUAAAUCACAAGAGGGUAGGAGAGAGUAAAGCUAAAAAGAGAAAGGGAGAGUUCAUCCUGGUACAUGUCAGUCACAAAAAGGAGCGUGCCCUCCUUAAGAGGCAAUUCAGAUAUCUAAAAGUGGCAGCAUGACAUGAAAGAUCCAAGGGAGGAACUUCGGAAAAAUUAAAAUGGAAAAAGUUAAGAUGAAAAAGAAGGAUGAGGAGAAAGGAAAGGGGGCAAACAGAAGGGACACAGACAAAAAGGAUCUGAACAGAGUCUGGUAAAAUACUGUGGGGUUUGUUUUGUUUUUUGGACAGGGAGAGAUAAGGUUUGGAAAGUGAAGUGAACAAGACUGACAGGGAAGCCCCUAAUCAGGCUACCCGAGCAGACAAAAUGGCAAGACCAUGAUCUUUACUUUUAGUAAAGUAAAUUUUGAUCCUUAUUUUUCAACACUGACAGAACGUUGACCUACUUUAACAAAUUUAUUAAAUAAAUGCUGAAAUGUACAUGGAAUCUUGCUGAUGGAAAAUCUUCAGUUCUUUUAAAUCAAUUAGACCUCUGUGAUCUUUGGGGCUCCAAAAGCUUGGUAUCCUAAAACAGACUGAGCAUAUUGAUAACUAAGAACAUUGUUAGGUGAUAGAUUCUCUUCCCCUCUUGGCCUCUGGUUUGAAUAUCCAGGUUGGCUUUAUUUUUUUUUAAAGUUAUUAUAGUUGUUACAGGUCUAGACAUUUAGUUACAAAUGUAGUCCUUUGAUAACUUUUUAGAUAUUGUUGUUCACUAUAUCUUAUUCUGAUAGAUUGUAUAUUGUCCAAACCCAAGAUACAGUUUUUGUCUAAACAAAAAAACCCAAAGGCAAUAAUGAGCCAUGAUGACAGACAAGAGAGCUGGGUUCUAAAAAAUUUCAGCAGUCUCAUCCUACAGGAGCAAUCAGGGAUGAGGAAACAGCAACUAUGAAAGACACAUUAGUCUACACUUGAAAAAGCUGGUCUGAACUGACAGUGCUUUUGACACAGUAAGGGCCUGAUCCAGUGCCUACUGAAGUCAACUGAAAGGCACCAUUGUCUCAAAUGGGGACUGGAGUAGGCCCUCUAGAGCACAUGAACACACUGGAGUAUGUCUUGGGUUGUGGGGGGGAUUUGAAAGGGGAGAAUUAUAAAAAAUUGCCGAAAGGCAACGCCUGUACUCUGUACAAAUAUAGCCAACUUGACUUAUUGAAUCUUAUUAGGGUGUUAAUACUGCUUUGUGAAUUGCAUUUUCUUUUUUUUUUCCCUCUAAGAUAGUACUUAUCCAGUUGGAUCCAUAAGUCUUGUGUGCAAGAAAAACAUCUCCAGGUAUACUGCAUUUAGAUAUUGCAGAGAUUACGCAACUGUGUGAUUAAAGAUGAAAAAUAUUUUAUUUACACUUUUCUUAUACACACUUUGUACAUUUUUUCAGUUUAAAAACAGAACAGAGCACAUACACGUCUGAACAUAUUGUAUCCAUAGCAAGGAAAAGUUACCUUCUGCCAAAAACCAAAGGCUUUUUAAAAUAGUUAUAAAAGGCAAACCUUAAAUUAUUCUAAGAAUGUUAUAGCAGCCUUGGGGUGAAUAUUAGACAAUUAACCAAAAAUGUACAUUAAAACUCUCUAUAUUUGUUUUUAAAUAGGCAGAAUACUUCCAACUGCUACAGCACACACAGAAGAAUUUGCAAAUAACUUUCCAUUAACUUACUGGAAACAUUCUUUUCAAAACACAACCAUCUCAAACAGGACUGGAAAGUAAUGAAACUACAGUGGAAUUACAUUCUUCAACUUAUAAGAAUUCAUUUUUUAAAGCUCUGCAAAAUAAUACAUAGGAAAGGAGAAAAUCAGACUGGGAGGUUUGCUAUUCCCUCCAUCUAGUCCCAUAACCUGCAUUAAAUGUUAGUUAGGUGGGUUCACUGAGGAAAUAAAAACCUUCUAUAAAGUAUAACUACCACUGCAGUUCUAUGUAACAUUUCAUUUUUUUAUGCUUACACCAAUCUUUCUUCCCCCCAUGCACUAUAUAAAGAAUAGCACUUACAAGUAGAAAGUGGUUUUCCCCCAGCUACCAACUCAAUUAUAAUCUAAAUAUUAUUUGAAUUUGAUCCUUAAAACUUUUAAAAAGCACAUAAACAUGAACUGAAAUUUGGGGAGGGAGAAGUCCAGGGAAGCAGUGCUCAAGGGUCUAUUUUUCUGCCACCUGUUUAACAGUAACUAUAUUUUAUUAAGAUUACAGAUGCCAUCAACAUAAUUUCUUUAGGUUUACUUCAAACACAGUAUGUACUUAUUUUAACAUCUUACACAUGCUGAAAUUGUAGAUUAUUUAGCAAUCCAAGAAAAAUAAAAUACAGAUGCCAUAACAAAAGUAGUCACUAAUGUUUAUUUUAAACAUUUUCAGAUUGUCUUACAAACAUUAAAAUCUCAAACUGUUACUUAUAAAACAUUGGUAAACUUUUAGUUUUAAAUAGCUGACAUCUCUUUCCUUUUGUGUUUUCUUCUUUACCCUUUCCACACUACUUGAGUGUUGCAACUGUGACAUAACAUGCUUACUAGAAUAAAUUAACAAGGUACUUUAUUGGAUAGAGGUGGAGGGAAAACAAGUUUUCUCUAAGGCCCCAAUCCUACCGACAUUUUAGCACACACUUAACUUUACAUGUGAAUAGACUUUUAAAUAGUUGGCAUAGCUUUUCAUUUUAUUUCAAUGGACUACUCAUCUAUGUAAAGCUAAAAACAUGCCUAUGUCUGAAGAAUUGUAGCCCAAUUCCCUAUUUUUUUUGUCAAGAAAAAAAUAUUUAAAUAAAGGCAAAACAUUCCUGUAAAUGACAUUCCUAUUUUUAAAAUGCAUGAUUUUUCUUCAGUUAGUCCUUUAUGAAACAAAAGACAUAAGGUGCAGAAUUGUGUAUUUCAGAAAGAGC